CUCUAUUGUCCUCAUGAGACCUCCUCGACGAACGGCCAAGGCACGAUGACGUCAUCUUCGUCGCGCAUCAUCAUCAAGAAUCUGCCGUCGUACCUCGACGAUGGCCGCCUGCGCACGCACUUUGCCGUCACCGGCACCGGCACCGGCGCCAGCUCCUCCGUGGCGCUGACGGUGACGGAUGCGCGCGUGGUGCGCAAGCCCGACGGCACCUCGCGGCGCUUUGGCUUUGUCGGCUACCGCUCCGCGUCCGAGGCCGAGGCGGCGGUGCGGUACUUUGACCGCACGUUUGUCGACACGGCCCGUGUGCAGGUUGGGCUUGCGCGCGGCGUUGGCGAGGCUGCUGCGGGGCAGGACGAGCGGGGUGCGAUGGGCAAGGGCGCGCCCAGGCAGAUGGACGGCGUACGGCGGGAGGACAAAGUACAACCUGCUGCUACAGAAACGGCGAGGGAGAAGAAGGAGCGGAAAAAGAGGAGCGGCGGCGUCUCGUUUGACGAGUUUAUGGCUGUCAAGGCGCCCCGGGCCAAGCGCAAGGCGUGGCAGAACGAGGAGGGCAACGAGGGCGACGAUGCAAACCUCAAGGCAGAGGACAUGGCGCAGCAGGAGAAGGACGACAAGCCCAAGAAAAAGAAGCAGAAGAAGCAGCAGCAGCAGAAGGAUGUCGACCAAGCGCAGGAGAAGGGGCAAGACGAGGAGGAGGAGAUGGAGACGAAGCAGGACGAAGUGCUCGAUGACGAGGGUGUGACGGACCUCGAGUACAUGUACAAGAGGAUGAGGAGGCGGAUAGCAGACGACGACGAGGACAAGGUGCAAGAGAAGAAGUUUGAGCAGUCGGGCUCGGAAGCAGGGAGCAACGCCGGUGACGACGCGGGCGAGGAUGACGAAGAGGAAGGAGAGGAAGAGGAAGACGAGAAGACAAAGCGAGCUAGGGAGCGUGAGCGGGCAGCGCUCGAGGAGAAGGCAAGAAAAGACGAGGCGGCCGUCGACUCGAUCAUGACGACAGGCCGCCUCUUUGUGCGCAACCUCCCGUUCUCUGCAAAGGAGGAAGAGCUCGAGGCCUACUUUUCCCGCUACGGCGACGUCUCUCAGACACACAUCACCCUCGACAAGGCGACAAAGCAGUCCAAGGGCAUCGCCUUCGUCACCUUUUCCGAGCCCUCGCAUGCCCUGGCUGCCUUUCGCGCCUCGGAUGGCUCCACCUUCCAGGGCCGCCUGCUCCACGUGCUCCCUGCCGUCGAUGCCCGUCCGAGACCAGAGGACGACAGCAAGAAGACGCUGAAGCAGAAGAAGCAGGAGCAGGUCAAGGCGGGCGCCCAGCGCGACUUCAACUGGUCCACGCUGUUCAUGAGCGCCGAUGCCGUGGCCUCGAGCGUCGCCGAUCGCCUGGGCAUCGACAAGUCGGACAUUGUCAAUCCUGAUGAGGCCACUACCUCCUCGAGCGUCAGCCCCGCCGUACGGCUGGCCCUGGCCGAGACGCGCGUGAUCCAGGAGACGAGAGAGUACCUCGAGGAGCAGGGCAUCGAUGUCACCAGCUUCUCGGCCAACGAAAAGGCCAAGCGGAGCGACACGACGAUUCUCGUGAAGAACAUGCCCUUUGGCACCUCGGUCGAGCAGCUGCAGGGCCUUUUUGAGCCCCAUGGCUCCGUGUCGAGGGUUGUUAUGCCGCCUGCAGGCACAAUGGCCAUCGUCGAGAUGGACGUGCCAAACGAGGCCAGGGUCGCCUUUAGGGCGCUGGCAUACAAGCGCAUGGGCAACUCGCUUCUCUAUCUCGAAAAGGCUCCCGUCGGUCUGGUCAAGGACCGGCCCGAGCAGAGCCGCGCGACUGAAAAGCAGGAGAAGGAGGGCAUUGCGGCGCCUCCGCCCAAGGCAUCCGGAGCCUCGUCGCUCCUCGCCUCUUCUGCGUCUGAGGGACAAGGAGGCGCAGGAGCAGGGGAAGAAGAGGAGGCUGCCGCGACGCUCUUUAUCAAGAACCUCUCCUUCUCGACGACCGACACUCGUCUGGCCUCGAUGUUCAGUCACCUCGAUGGCUUUGCCUUUGCCCGCAUCCAGACCAAGCAGGCUGCUUCGAAUGGCGCGCGCAUCUCGAUGGGCUACGGCUUCGUCGGCUUCCGAACGCAGGAGCAGGCCAAGGUUGCGCAGAAAUCGACGAAUGGCAAGACGCUCGACGGCCACCAGCUCGCCGUGGCCUUUGCCAGGCGUGGGCACGAUGUCGACGACCGCCGUCCUAGUCAGGCUGUUGCUCCCGGUGCAGGCAACAGCAGCAGUGGCAGCAGCGGUGGUGGAACGAAGCUCAUCAUCAAGAACCUGCCGUUUGAGACGAGCAAAAAGGACCUGCGUGCCCUCUUUGCACCCCACGGCACGCUCAAGUCUGUGCGUGUGCCCCGCAAAGCGGCUGCAGCCGGCGGUGGCGUGGGCGGCGCGCGCGGGUUUGGCUUUGUCGAGUUUGGCACCCGCCGCGAGGCAAAGGACGCCAUGGAGGCGCUCCGCUACACGCACCUCCUCGGACGCAGGCUCGUCGUGGGCUGGGACGACGAGGCGGCUGGCGGCGUCGAGGGUCUGCGGGAGAAGGCGAGGCGCGAGCAGGGCGGCUCGGGCUCGGCGAGGGCGGCCAAGACGAAGCUCCGGCUCGGCGCUGAGGACAUCAAGGAGGCGGCCAAGCGGGAGCGCAAGGCGCGCGAAGACGCCGAAGACGACGACGACGUUGAUGACGAGUGA